AUGCUCGGCUCAUCGAGCAAUCCUGAGCCGCCACUCCUUUCGCGGAUUAUUGGAGUCGCGCCGCCGCCGCCACCGCGCGCGCCAACAACUGCAUUAGUUCUACGAAUACCGCCGGCGGGGAGUCCGUCGAAAAAGAAAUCGCCCGACACUCGCAAUAAAUAUCAAGAAACCGCUCUCAAAGACAAGAAAACUCGCACUCCACUCGAAAAAUCCAGACACCUCGACAAUCUCCCAUCUUAUCAGGCUCAAAAGUUACUCGACGGGUCGCAUCAACUUCGCAUCGAUUCGCAUCACGUUGGAGCACCCGGACACGGAACAGGUUCUGGUCACGGGCAUAAAAAAGAAUUUGGACCAGCCAUGAUAUUAUAUUAUCUGGCGUCCGCAUUCCGUGCGCUCUAUCCAAGAUUAGAUGAUGAUUUUGUCGAUAAACUCAAUUAUUACUACACUACUACAAUACUAGCUUCAUUCGCUCUGCUUGUUUCGGCGAAGCAAUAUGUUGGCUUCCCUAUUCAAUGUUGGGUGCCAGCGACAUUCACAGAUGCUAUGGAACAGUACACUGAAAACUACUGUUGGGUGCAGAACACUUAUUGGGUUCCUAUGCAGGAAGACAUUCCUCGAGAAAUAUAUUCUCGACGAAAUCGCCAAAUUGGUUAUUACCAAUGGGUUCCGUUCAUAUUAGCCAUCGAAGCUCUAUUAUUCUACGUUCCAUGCAUUCUCUGGAGAGGCCUUCUUUAUUGGCAUAGCGGAAUCAAUUUGCAAGGUCUUGUCCAAAUGGCGUGCGACGCUCGUCUUAUGGACUCGGAAGUGAAGACGAGAACUGUUUAUACAAUGGCGCGGCAUAUGCAGGAUGAAGUUCAGCUGACCAAUAUUGAUCGUCAAACUCAUAGUCGGAGUUGCUUCUCGAACUUGCAAAUGGGAGCGAAUUGCGGACGCCAUUGUGGAUGCUACGUCACAAUGCUUUACAUUGGAAUUAAGGUGCUCUAUUCUGCAAAUGUGUUGCUUCAAUUUUUCCUCCUUAAUCACUUGUUGGGCUCCAACGAUUUAGCUUAUGGAUUCUCGCUGCUCAAGGAUUUGAUGCACGAAAUCGAGUGGGAACAAACCGGAAUGUUUCCGCGAGUGACGCUCUGCGACUUUGAGGUCCGAGUCCUUGGUAAUAUACACCGCCAUACUGUUCAAUGCGUCUUGAUGAUCAAUAUGUUCAACGAGAAAAUAUUUUUGUUCCUUUGGUUCUGGUUCCUCACCUGCGGAAUGAUAACAGUAUGCAAUACGAUGUAUUGGAUCUUGAUAAUGUUCAUUCCAAGCCAGGGAAUGUCAUUUGUUCGUAAGUACCUUCGAGUUCUACCCGAUCAUCCAGCAAAGCCGAUUGCCGACGAUGUGACUCUUCGAAAGUUCACCAACAACUUUUUAAGAAAGGAUGGAGUAUUCAUGCUGAGAAUGAUCUCCACGCAUGCCGGCGAGCUUAUGAGCAGCGAGCUGAUACUUGCUCUCUGGCAGGACUUCAACAAUGUCGAUCGAAGUCCAACACAAUUUUGGGAUGCUGAACACGGUCAGGGAACGCUUGACUGA